AUGAAUUUCCCACGUGCGCUUGCUGGUUUCUCGAGCUGGCUCUUCAAACCUGAACUUGCCGAGGACUCUCCGGAUAAUGACUCUCCGGAUAAUGACACUGUUAACCCAUGGCGUGAGCUGCUGCAGAAGAUAAAUGUGGCCGAUCUCCCCGAUUCAUCCUUUUCGAGCGGUAAGGAACUUAAUGACUCUGUGUACCAUACUUUUGAACAUUUCUGCAAGAUUAGGGACUAUGACGCAGUUGGCGAGCUGCUUCUGGCAUUUCUGGAUAAAGUAACAAAGGAAAGGGACCAAUUCAGAGAUGAAAUUUCCCAGCUCCGAAUGCACAUAAAUGAUCUAAAGGCUUCUAAGUGUGUCCUGGGGGAGACUCUUCUUUCCUACCGCCACAGGAUUGAAGUUGGGGAAAAACAGACUGAAGCCCUCAUUGUGAGGUUAGCUGAUGUGCAAUCCCAGGUCAUGUGUCAGCCUGCCCGGAAAGUGUCUGCAGAUAAGGUGAGGGCACUGAUUGGUAAAGAAUGGGAUCCGGUAACCUGGGAUGGAGAUGUGUGGGAGGACAUAGAUUCUGAAGGGUCUGAGGAAGCUGAGUUGCCCACUGUCUUGGCCUCUCCAUCCUUGUCUGAGGAAAGUGGUUAUGCCUUGUCUAAAGAACGCACCCAGCAGGACAAAGCAGAUGCCCCUCAGAUCCAGUCUUCAACAUCCUUAGUUACUUCUGAACCUGUCACCAGACCCAAGUCUCUGUCUGACCUUACAAGUCAGAAACACCGCCAUACUAAUCAUGAACUCAAUUCACUUGCUCACUCAAAUCGCCAAAAGGCAAAGGAACAUGCUAGGAAAUGGAUUUUAAGGGUGUGGGAUAAUGGUGGGAGGCUCACAAUACUGGAUCAGAUUGAAUUUCUCAGUUUAGGUCCUUUGAGCCUUGAUAGUGAGUUUAAUGUCAUAGCCCGCACUGUUGAAGAUAAUGGUGUGAAGAGUUUGUUUGAUUGGUUGGCUGAAGCAUGGGUCCAGAGAUGGCCUACUACAAGAGAGCUGCAGUCGCCUGACACCCUGGAGUGGUAUUCUAUUGAGGAUGGGAUUGAAAGGCUUAGGGAACUUGGAAUGAUAGAGUGGCUUUGUGUAAAAGCUACUUGUCCACAGUGGAGGGGCCCGGAAGAUGUACCCAUCACGAGAGCUAUGAGGAUAACUUUUGUCCGGGAAACUAGAGAGACUUGGAAGAGCUUUGUAUUUAGCCUCCUCUGUAUAAAGGACAUAACAGUGGGGAGCGUGGCUGCUCAGUUGCAUGAUCUAAUAGAAUUAAGUUUAAAGCCAACAGCAGCUGGCUUGACUUCUGUAGGCUCUGUGGGGGUUCUCUCUCUCUCUCCCUGGAAACAUCAAAGCAACAGUUAA